CACAAUCCUGUCACAGGCCAGUGUUGCCUCACAACAGCAAACGCCACCUGCCACCUGCCCCUCCAGUGCAUUGUCUACUUAAACACUCUUCCAAGCAACCUCUUCCCUCUCCUCCUCAUCCACGACACAAGCCACAUCAAGUCAACAGACAACCCACUUCAACCAAACCCAACCACCACCACACCAACCAAUCCAACAUGUCCGCACCAAACGCUGACAAGCCAAACGAGGGCAUCGUUGGCCAGAUUGGCAACUCCCUCCAGAACGCCGCCAACUACGUCUCCGACACCGUUCAGGGCAAGUCCGCUGAGGCUUCCAAGGAGGCCAACAAGGAGCAGGCCAAGGGCAACACCCCAAACAGCAGCCUCACCGACCGCGCCAGCGGUGCCGCCGGCGCUGUCAGCGACAAGCUCAGCCAGGAGAAGCACGAGGGCUCCGCCAAGGUCAACAAGGAGGCUAUCUGAGCUUGUUGUCUUGACUUUGCACCACACGCGAGCAUGACUACUAUGGUACGCCUCGAGUAAUGGGAUCCAACAGUACGACACGGCAUGACUGAGUUACGAGAUCACGGCAUCAAUUGUGAGCCUGCCUUGAAAAUGGCGAGGCAUCUUCAGAUACCCCAGAAUCAAAUUACCUUUUCUGAGUGAACACACGUGCUUCCAGCCGUCCCCUCUUCGAGCAAUAAUUUACUUUUUAUUUGUGCGGUCUAUGUAAUACAUAAACCAUGCAGGCGGUGGCACUGCCUCUAACAGGAGCUCGUUAACGGAGUCGCACCGUCGUACUGGCCCGCGCACUGUAUUAGCCGCCUUGUAGGCGACACUCGGUGGGGAUUAU